AACAUAAAACAUGAUGAAUAGCUCUUUUCGCAUUUGGUGUCAAGCACGAGCAGUUCAAUGAUAGUGAUGAAUUUAAUAAAUACCUGCAUGCAAAAUAUACAUUUUAGCAGUUAACGGCUGAACUUAAGCAGAACGCUACAGUAUAUCCCAAAUUAUGUUUUCGACCCAACAAAAAUGAAUUACGGAUACCAGUCAGUUAAUGUUAAGCACAAUUCGGUAAAAACAAGAACAAAUGUUGAAAACGGGCUGCAACUACCAAUAUUUUCCGUCAAACAACGUCACGAAUAAAACGUUAAUUUUAAAAACAUCGCAACAACUUGUCCUGACGCAUAACGGGACAAACAUGAACGAAGCUCACUAAAAGCGACAAAUUCAAAUUAGUAAAAGCCUUCCUUGCAUUUUUUACACCAUUAUUUGAUUUUUUCUUUUUUUUUUUUUCCAUCACCCGCACUCAAGUGAGCAUGCGUCUAUCACUCGGUGACUAAACUAUACAACUAUAAGUUAAUUAAACUUACCUCCCAGGCUGUCAGUGUGUACAAAAAGCUGAGAUGCGAGGUGUUCCGUGGUGGGAAGGUUUGUCCAAGUGAGAAAGUUCAUUUGGUUGUUAAAAAGGCAUCAACAUGAGAACAAGUGGGGGUGUUGAGAGAAAUGGUGAAGGAAAUGUUUUGUAUUCUAAAUGUGUCCUCAGUCGAUGUUGAAAUAAUGUUCCUAUUGCUUGUUAUUAUUGACAUAUUAUCUUUUCGCCACAAGAUGGCAGGAUGGGACUUAAUUGUCUAAAGUGCUACUUUUAUUACUUCUUUGUGUUUGACUUUGAUGACUUUGAUUUGUGGGCUUGCCUGUGAACACAGCAAUGAGAGAGGGUGUAUCCGCAUGUCAAUGGAAAUUAAAUACGGCGAGUUUUGGCUAAAAGACAACUUAUUCUCCGUCAAUUCUUCCUACGAAUGCAACGUUGAGCUGCAACCACCUUGACAUUGGAGGAACAAGGGAAACACACUGGAAAGCCAGUCUACUUGGAGAGACCCAUCCAUAAAACGGUCACUUUGAUUGAUGCGGGGUAAUACAAUCACAUUUCCUUGCAAUGUUUAUGAUCAUCCAGUGUUACAUAGGUUAGAGUGAAAUCACAAGUGAUUUGGUGGGAGUGUAGCUGCCAUUAAGGCAGAAUAAAGAAAUAAAUAAUUGACUCUUUGAUCUGGGGGUGCAAUGCUACGCAUUUACUUAGUUUCUUUGAUAUGGGAUGGGAACUAAAGUUCACUGUCGCAAGUUGACAGGAGCACUAUUAAGCGUUACAUCGGCUUAUUAUCUGAUGAACACUACUAGAGUACAGACAACUUUUCAGUACCUCUGAUUAAGAUCAACAAGGAAACAUCUCAUGUGCAUAGUGCAUCGAAGAAUUGAAGCUGAACUAAUUUCCUCUGGAGUAAAGCGGCCAUUGAGGACAAAGGGCUGCGCGGUCUCGAAGCAGCGACUGUCACAUUGGGUUGUCGCAGCUAUUCUGCAGGCCUAUGAGUCCAUAGGUCUUCGGCCUCCUCGGGUCUCGUGCCAUUCCACAAGAAGAAUGGCAACUUCCUGGGCGGCGCUGAGAGGUGUUCCACUGAAUGACAUCUGUUCCGCCGCAGCAUGGGCAUCGUCUUGUACGUUUGCCCGCUUCUACAGAGUGAAUGUGGCAGCUCCUCACCCGGUGGCUUCAGUGGUGCUGUCGGCUUCCUCUGACCGCAUCUGAAGUGUCUUCGUGACUAUGUUGUGUGGAGUAAAAGCCCUGCCCAUAUCCUGCCCGCCAACCCUCAGCAGAGCAGCGAUCCUUCCUUUCAGCCGGGCAGGUCCGAGGUGACGCCAUGGCCUUCUACACGUCAAGGAUUUUUUCUUGGCUGCUUCUCAUCACCAUCGGCUUUGUCCUUUUCGCUCUAUGUGAAGAGCAUUUGAAAUUGAACAGCUGGGCCAAUUUCGGUGUGAAUUUUGAAACCAUCAUCUCAAAAUGGCAUCGUAAGGAAAACGCCACCAGUUCCAUUGUUUUAAAUGUCACAGACUUUACCAAACCGGUGACCUCAACACCCGUCACAGUCCUCAAGCACACGACAAAAAACAGCCCCACGCGUACCGUCGCCCCUGAGACCUCCAUGCCCAUCCUCUCCCCAAAAAACUUCUCCAAACUUCCUGUGUGGGAUUUCGAAGACGUGUACAACCAGGAUGCUGCGCCCGUAACGAGAGGGUGCAAACAAACUCUGAGAAAUUCCAAAGAUGAGAGCUUCAAGAAAGCUUUCCUUCCCAACAUACGCUUAUACCUGCACAAAGAUAACAUCAACGUGAGCGAAUGGAACAGACUCUCCCAUUUUAACAAUCCUUUUGGCUUCAUGGGAUUCUAUCACAAUGAUGUGAUGUCCUCAGUUAAAUUAAUCCCAGAGCCAAAGGAGCCUCUGCUCUCCCCACAGGCAGGCAGCAAUGGUUGCAUCCACUGUGCUGUGGUCGGCAAUGCCGGCAUCCUAAAUGGUUCCAAAAUGGGGAAAGAAAUCGACGCACACGAUUACAUAUUUCGAAUGAACGGCGCCGUCACUGAGGGAUACGAAGAGGACGUGGGGAAUAGAACGUCCGUGUAUGUCCACACGGCACAUUCCAUCACCAUGUCAUUGUAUUUGUUCAAAAAAUACGGCUACAAGUCUGCGCCCCAUGAUGAGGGCAUCAAAUAUGUAAUGAUUCCAGAGGGAAUGAGGGACUUCCAGUGGCUCCAAGGACUCCUUAGAGGAGAAAGGGUGUCACGGGGCCCUUACCAUAACCAAAGGCCGCGCACAUACUACUCAGGGCAAUACAACGAGAGCCGCUUCUACGUCCUUCAUCAGGACUUUCUGCGAUAUGUGCGCAACAGGUUUUUGAAGUCUCCAAAUCUAAAUAAGACUUUCUGGGCAAUAGUCCGACCAACCAAUGGUGCUUUUGCACUCUUUCUGGCUCUUCACACGUGCGAUACAGUCGACGCAUAUGGCUUCAUGACGAGAGAUUACGCCAAGUAUUCCAACUACUAUUACCAAAAGCACGACAAGAGCCGAGUCAUUUUCUACGCCAACCACGACUACAUGAUGGAAAUGGAAACGUGGGAAAAAUUACACAACAGCAAAAUUAUACGACUGUAUCAAAGAAGUGAAAACCGAGCGCCUUAAAAGACUUGACUGCUUUGGCUGUUUCUUGUGUAUCAAGCUGAUUCCUAAAGACAUUUGAGGACCAUUUCAAAACAUUUUAUCAGGAAUCGGUCAUCAAAGGGAAAUUGUGUUCAUUUUUCUCCAGCGAUUGGCUGGCAACCAGUUCAGGAUGUACCCUGCCUCCUAACCGUUGUUAGCUUGGAUAGGCUCCAACACCACCUGGACCCUCAUGAGGAUAAGCGGUUCAGAAGAUGGAUGAAUAAAUGAAUUAAUGUAUUCUCUCUAUUCCAUAGCACUUCUAUGGACGUUUAUUGCUGCGUCCAGUAUCAUGUUUUUAUGUAAUUAUUUGAUCUCCAUCUUUACCGCUUAUCCUCAAAAUGUGCGAAAAGAAAAGAAGAGAGGUUCUUAAAUGAAAAUAUUACUUGUAAAAUAAAUUUUUUUAAAAAAUUUAAAUAAAAAAUAUAUAUGUUUAUAUAGAUAUAGAUAUAUAUAUACAGCAUUACAAUACAGCAUUGCUUUAUAGCAUGCAGAUGGAUUGCGGAUUCAGCUGAUUUUGCAGAUUAAUUUAUUUUUUGCAUCACGCCAGCCAAAUGUGCUGCAGAAAAUUGUUGCUGCACCAAGCAUGUGAGCCUUUUUGGGUUUCAAGAGGUUCCCAUUCACCCCGGAUAUUAGCCAAAACAAGCCCUACUACUGUGGGACCAUUGGACUUGCGAGGAAUUGAGUAAACAUAAUUUUGUAUUAUGUCAAAUACUGGGAUCGUGGCAGACAUUUGAACACGGAGGUGGCUUGCAUUUUGUGGCUGAUUGUCCACCGAGAAUGCCACUCGGCCGGCGACCGGUGGUUAGUCGCGCCCAAUUGUAACUGCACUGCAAUUGUCAACAUGGGUAAACCUCAACCAUGAGAGACAAAAUGUGGAAAAAAAACAGAAAAUCACUUUGUUUGAUUUUUAAAGAAUUUAUUUGCAAAUCAUGGUGGAAAAUAAGUAUUUGGUUAAUACCAAAAGUUCAUCUCAAUACUUUGUUAUGAACCCUUUGUUGGCAAUAACGGAGGCCAAACGUUUUCUGUCACUCUUCACAAGCUUUUCACACACUGUUGCUGGUAUUUUAGCCCAUUCCUCCAAGCAGAUCUCCUCUAGAGUUUUGGGGCUGUUGUUGGGCAACACGGACUUCAACUCCCUCCACAGAUUUUCGAUGGGGUUGAGAUCUGGAGACUGGCUAGGCCACUCCAGGACCUUGAAAUGCUUCUUACGAAGUUACUCCUUUGUUGCCCUGGCUGUGUGUUUGGGAUAAUUGUCAUGCUGAAAGACCCAACCACGUCUCAUCUUCAAUGCCCUUGCUGAUGGAAGGAGAUUUUCACUCAAAAUCUCUCGAUACAUGGACCCACUCAUUUUUUCCUUUACACAGAUCAGUCGUCCUGGUCCCUUUGCAGAAAAAAAGCCCCAAAGCAUGAUGUUUCCACCCCCAUGCUUCACAGUGGGUAAGGUGUUCUUCGGAUGCAAUUCAGUAUUUCUCCUCAAAACACGAGAACCUGUGUUUCUACCAAAAAGUUCUAUUUUGGUUUCAUCUGACCAUAACACAUCCUCCCAGUCCUCUUCUGGAUCAUCCAAAUGCUCUCUAGCGAACCGCAGACGGGCCUGGAUGUGAACUGGCUUCAGCAGGGGGACACAUCUGGCAGUGCAGGAUUUGAGUCCCUGGCAUUGUGUUACUGAUAGUAGCCUUUGUUACUGUGGUCCCAGCUCUCUGUAGGUCAUUCACUAGGUCCCCCCGUGUGGUUCUGGGAUUUUUGCUCACCGUUCUUGUUAUCAUUUUGACACCACGGGGUGAGAUCUUGCAUGGAGCCCCAGAUCGAGGUAGACUAUCAGUGGGCUUGUAUGUCUUCCAUUUUCUAAUAAUAGCUCCCACAGUUGAUUUCUUUACACCAAGCGUUUUACCUAUUGCGGAUUCAGUUUUCCCAGCCUGGUGCAGGUCUACAAUUUUGUCUCUGGUGUCCUUCGACAGCUCUUUGGUCUUGGCCAUAGUGGAGUUUGGAGUGUGACUGACUGAGGUUGUGGACAGGUGUCUUUUAUAAACAGGUGCCAUUAAUACAGAUAACGAGUGGAGCCUCGUUAGACCUCGUUAGAAGAAGUUAGACCUCUUUGACAGCCAGAAAUCUUGCUUGUUUGUAGGUGACCAAAUACUUAUUUGUUUUUUUUCCACAUUCUGUCUCAUGGUUGAGGUUUACCCAUGUUGACAAUUACAGGCCUCUCUAAUCUUUUCAAGUAGGAGAAUUUGCACAAUUGGUGGUUGACUAAAUACUUAUUUGCCCCACUGCAUAUAAUCGUCUCAAAAUAUGAUUCUAAUUCACAUUAUAAUUCUAUUUAAGACUUUUUUUAUCCUGUCGUAGGCACUUUAAAGCAUAUAGACAUAUUGUGAUAUCAAACACCACAGUUGUGUUCGCUUAAAAUACAGCCAUUUCUUUUAAAGAGGAGUGCAAGAGCAGAAACUGCUUUGUCAGUCUUGUCUGUGUUCCGCCAUAUAUACAGUAUAUAAUAUGCAGAUUACCUACGACUAAAGUUUGAAUGGAAUCUAACAUGACUGCAGAUCGGCACUAUGUCAGAACCCCCCCCCCCCAAAAAAAAGAGUCCCUGUCAUUGUUCUUAUGCUAAAUGUACGUUUAAUUGUGAGCGCAGACCUCUGCUGUUAUAAAGGCUGAUGCCAGUGGGCACAAAGGAACGCCUAUAGCGCUCAGUUCUGCAUCUAGGUAGUAUGAAAAGCUGACUGAAAGAGCUGCCCAUCUGCCCCAGCUCGUCAGGGAGAGGGUGAAAGGGGUUAUCCAAGAUGGCUUUGAAUUUGAUCAUCAUCAUCCUCUCAGCCACAGUCUCCAGACUUCCCAAAUCAAGCCCCACCACAGAGUGGGCCUUCCUCACCAGUUUAUUUAGUCUGCCCGUCUAACCUGCCUUGCCCCCAACACAUUACAGCGAAAUGCAAAGCGCUGGCCACUACAGACUGGUAAAAAUUUCUGUCCUACCACAGAGUUUAAAUGAUCUCAGUCCCCUCAGGAAGAACAGCCUGCUCUGUCCCUUCCUGAAGAAGGAGUCAGUGUUAUGAGACUAAUCCAGUUUGAUAUUAAUGCAGACCCUAAGGUACUGGUAUGAGUCCACCCUCUUAACCACCUCCCCCUGGAUGACAACUGGGGCAAGGGACCUCAUGUUCCUCCUAUAGUCCACCACCAGCUCCCUGGUCUUGCUGAUGUUGAGUCUCAAAUGGUUGCUGCUGCACCACAUAAUAAAGUUGUCAAUCAGUUCACUGUACUCAUCCUCAUCCGUUAUAUGUCCAACAAUUGAGGAGUCUUGCGUAUCACUGUACCAGAGGUACAGCUAUCCAGUCUGACAUACUGGUGCCGGCCAGUGAGGUCAUACAAAAUCUAUGCCACAAUUUCAGGGCGCAGCUGCAUCGCCAGCAGCUUAUCCCAAAGGAGGCAGGGCUGGAUGGCACUGGAGAGGUUAAAAACAGUCACUCUCACAGUGCUUCCCUGCCUCUCAAAAUGGGACAGCGACCUAUGGAUAAGGAAAAUCAAAGCAUCCUCCACCGAUAUUUGGCCGGUGUGCAAACUGCAGCGGGUCCAGGGAUGUAGAUAGUGAUGUCCUCAGGUGUCGAAGAACCAGCCUCCCUCCCCUGCUACAUCUUGUCUCAAAUGGACCCCCUGUGACUGUACAUUUAAUCAUCACAUUUUCUAAAUGGUGCAAAUGUGGAUGUCAGAAAUUGGCUGUCAAAAGCCACACAAUAAAUGUAAUGUAUUUAAUGGGACGCAAGUUUUACUUGGAACCAUAUCCAGCGUCAA